GUCGGUCUGAUCACUCUGAUGGCGCUACGAACGGCGACGGGAACUUCGCUGGCCAUUUGGGCUCAACAAGGGCCUGACAACAAUUCUAUAUAUCGCCCUGGCACACCUCUUUGUUUUCUCCUCCCUAUUACAAACCUUCUCACCCAGCUUUCUCAUGGUCUCCUUAUAAGUCACCUAUACCUUCACCUCCAAGUCCUGACCUGGCUUCCUUUGCCUCCAAUAAGGCGUCUUAUCAUUCAUAGCAGGGCCUUGUCCGAAAGCUCAAUCGUUUCGCAUCUGCCAAUGGACCCUGAUCAACAUCAACCCGGGGCCGCGCAAUGCAUUUGCAUGCCUCAGCCCACAUACAAGCACGACGCAGACAGGGUUGCCAAGGAGCUCCUAAAGUUCUAUCCACUAGUCGUCAUGAUUAUCGCCACCGUUGGAGCGCAGAUGAGCUUCACGGUCGUUUUGUCCAAAAUCGAGACGCCAGACGCGAGCCGCGCCGACUUUGUCCGGAGGAUGAUAGGACUCAGCUGGCUUUUGUUCCUGGGUGUUACGUGGUUCGCAUUCCUUGCUGGUGUGAUUGAUAUAAUCCACGGCCCGAGUGUGGAGAAGGGCGUCCUUAGAGAAGUCUGGUUCCUGAAGUAUGGGGUAAUCCUGCUUGUUCUUUCGAUUGAAGGCAUGACGUUUGCUGCUUUUCUAUGCAUGGCAAUUGCUGUGAAAGAAUUCGACCGCCGCCUUGGCUGGUGGGCUAUUGCGAUCAUUUCUAUCGGCGCUGCAAUCACCCUUCUUACAACGGCCCUGCAUGGGUGGCGGGUAAACAAGAAAGAAGCUUUCCAACUUGUUGUUGUAUGGCUGCAGGGGAACUUCAAUAGGUUCUAUUGGAAUUUGGUUAGAAACCGGAAGUGAUCCUCAGCUGAACAUUUCGUCGGCUCUUUGUUGAGUAUCUUCCACAAGAAUGAUUCUGAAUGAGAUUCCUCGAAGAGUCGAAAGAUCGAAUACAGCAGCCGAUGUCCGGUCGAGUUGUGUCUGUCAAGUGCUAAGGAGUUAAGGUACGAGGCAAUAUUGCUGGAAGUUGCUCUUUAGGCUACAUGUACCUUAUGUACCUAGGUACCCAGAUACUUUGUCUGAUUCGGGGUCAAUAUGAAGGGAAGGUGCUCACAAGAGCUUGGGUACCGACCGGCAGCAGGA